AUGGCGACCAUCUCACAAACGAAAGCGCAUGCCACCGAAGUUUCAGAGACCGAGGCUCCCAGCGGCGCCCGAGUCGUGCUCAGGCUCAGGAAGCCGUCGCCCAGAAGCAGGCGCCACGUCACCUGGAGGGAGGACACCGUCGACAACGAACACUUGAACCGGCUCAGGUCGAACUGCUGCUGCGUGUACGUCAAGCCGCGCAAGUUCGGCGAGAGUUCGAGUGAUAGCGAGGAAGAAGACUUGGAGCACUGCCGAUGCCAUGUCGAGCGCAGGCAGAAGAACAAGAGGCCUGCUGCGACUGACACCCCGCCUGCCUCGAGACGCCACGUCACUUGGGACGCCGACACGGUCGACAACGAGAACACGAACAAACGCAAGUUCAAGUGCUGCUGCAUCUUCGAGAAGCAGCGCGAAUUCGGAGAGAGCUCGUCGGACAGCGAGGCAGACGACUGCACCCACUGCCGCGGACACAAGGAGGCCAGGGCCAAGAAGAGCGCGAACGACGCUGAUGAGCCUCUGCUGCUGAGCCAGUUCAUGGCACACGGAGGCGCCUCCUAA